UACGCCUCCGUAGGCCAUUCCCGGUUCGUUUACGCCUGACUCUGUGCGUAAGAGGAGAACCCUCAGUCAGGCCCCGUUUUCCGCCUUUUUUUAAUUAUUUCUCUCGGUGUAAACUGCAGCGUGGAUCUAAAAUCACUGAUGGUCGAUCAGCCCGCGCUGCGCUGAAGGAUUUUAGGCUCAGAGCUCCGCUUCCAUCCGCAGACAUGGCUCGCCCUCGGCCGCGGGACUACAAGGCAGGAGAUCUGGUUUUCGCGAAGAUGAAGGGAUACCCGCACUGGCCGGCGAGGAUUGAUGAACUUCCUGAAGGAGCUGUCAAACCACCUGCCAACAAGUAUCCCAUCUUCUUCUUCGGGACCCAUGAAACAGCAUUCUUAGGUCCAAAGGAUCUUCUUCCCUACAACGAGUACAAAGACAAAUUUGGCAAAUCCAACAAGAGGAAAGGUUUCAAUGAAGGCCUGUGGGAGAUUGAGAACAACCCCGGAGUGAAGUUCACGGGCUAUCAGGCCAUCCAGCAACAGAGCUCAUCGGAGCUCGAGGAGGGCGGGAAUGCCGCUGACGGCAGCAGCGAGGGCGAGGAGGGCGACUCUAUCGAGGAGGAAGAUGACAAGGAGAAACUGAAAGGAGAAAAGACCGGGUCCAAACGGAAAAAGACGGCCAGCUCCAAGAAAUCCUCGAAACUGUCGAGGAUCUCGUCUGGAGAGGAUGACGUGGGGAAAGAUGGGAAGGAUGACGACCAGAAGAGCGGCUCAGAGGGAGGGGACCCCGACAAUGACAUCAUGCAGAACACCACCGACAGUAAGAACCAGCUCCUCAUAGAGGAACACUAAAGGGGAAAUCAUUUUGUGUAGCUGUGACGUUGAGAAGGUGAAUCUACAACAUGAUUUCUCAUCAGCACCACCUGCUGGCUGCCAUCGCCACCUCCACUUCCUGUUCUUCAGUGCGUGUUUGUAUGAAAGAUGCACCCUUACUGAUGCUGGUAUCAGCCGCCAUGUGGGUACCAGGGUAAGACUGGGCAUUACGUCACACAGGUUAUUUCUCAGCACUCUCACUUAAUGCCAGGUGGAGCCUCUAAAAUCAGCAGCUGAAGGUUGUAAUUAGGUUCAUGCAGUGAUUUGAAGGAUAUUUAAAGGGGCAUUAAGUACAUGAAGACCUUUAGGAGCUUUGGUAACAUUAUCUGUGUUUUUAUGGAGCUUUUUUUACUCAGACUGAGGCGACUGAUAUGUGUUUUCAUUUUUUAAAGCAUCCUCAUACAGUUGCUUCUUUAAGAGCCUAAAGUUUUAGUUUCAGUUUGAAAACUCUGAUUUUGACUGGACCGAGAGUUUUGGAAACCUCAUUACACAUCUGGACCCCUCCCCAAACAACGACUGCCUCAGCCAAUCAGGGUUUGUGAUGUCAUUGCAGAGCACCUUCCUGGUGACCUGACAAAUUUAGUACUUCACUUCUUCUUCCUGCCUUUCAAAAUAAAAGUCCUUGACAUGUACACUGUGUAACUGCUGCACAGAAGCAUGUUUGAGCAGAUUCUGGGAUUUAUUCAAUUCAGCUUUAUUUAUACAGCUCCAAGUCACAACAAGGCAUUAAAAUUAAAAUACAAUUUAAUCUUUUAUUUUAAUAGUUACAAAAUGCAUGAUUUUUUUUUACUAAAAAAAUUAAAUAUUUUUUUCUGGUUGUGACUCAGUGUGAAUAAUAAAAUACUUGAAUUAGCUGCAAAGUAACUAAAUGAAACAAUGAACUAAGCAUAUUUUUAUCAGUCUAUAUGUAAGAUUCAUACCAAGUAACAAUAUAAAGUGCAGCUUUCAUUCAAGAUUUACACUAUAAACUUAUGCAUCUGAGAAAAAAAUGCACACACACACACACACACACACACACACACAGGAGUGUGUUCAGCAAUACAAAAAUUAAACUGAUGGAAGAAAACCGCUCUGUGAAAACAUGUAGUGUUCAUUACUCUACAGCACACAGAUAUCGGGUACAUUUUAAACUGUGACAGGAAGUACGUGUGGAAUAACUCUGCAGUCAGGCUCUGGAUGUAAAAUCCCAUCAUAUUCUCGUUUGGUUGUGAGCCGUAAUGUUAUGUAACCGUAAUGUAACCAUCCAAAGCAGACUCACCGUGAGCUGCAGCACUGAUGGUGUGUGCUGCUGAAAUCAGCCUCAUUUCAACAAAACCGUGUUUUAGUCAGUGUCAGGAAAGAACUACACUACCCACAAUCCUAAGCUGAAACAGCUGUUACCAUGGAAACGUUUAAACCUCAAGCAUCAGGUCACUCAAUGAGAGCAGUGGUAAUCAUGUACUCCAGUGGUUCCCAAAGUGUGGGCUGCGGCCCCCUGGUGGGCUGCGAAGGUACUGCGGUGGGGCAGUAAUAGAAAUUCACUUUGAAAUUAAUUAAAUGAAGUAUGAACAGUUGCAUAUUUAUAUAAAUGUAUUCAUUUAUAUAUAUUCAUUUAUAUAAAGAGUGACUUAAAACGGGUAA